AUGGCUUUCACCGAGGACAGCCUCAAGGCUAAGCUCUCAUCGCUCAAUGAGACCCAAGAGGCCAUCUCCACUGUCGGCCAAUGGAUCCUCUUCCACAGACGACAUGCCGAGCGCAUCGCUCAUGUAUGGCUACAACGCAUGAAGGAGUCGCCCCCGAAUAAGAAACUGGUGCUCAUCUAUCUCGCCAACGAAAUCACACAAACCUCCAAGAUGCGCAAGAAGGAGGAGUUCCUGCGCGCAUACGAACCCAUUCUCGCCGAAGCGACGACAGCAGCCUAUAAGGGCUCCCCCCACGAGAUACAAAACAAGAUUCGAAGGGUCGUCGAGGUUUGGAGGCAGCGCAACAUCUUCAACUUGGCUGUGCAGCAGGCGGUGGAGAGGUCGAUAGACGAGGUGGACCGCUCCAAAUCUACGCGCAAACCUGCUCUAGGUGGAUCGCUCUUCUCGAGCUCGUCAGUCCCACCUGAGCUCACACCGGUCGCGCCUCUGGCAACUGCGCUUCAGAAAGCCGAUGCCGCGACGAAACCCGCCGUCACCACCGCCAACCAAGACUACGAGAAGCUCACCAACCCGAAUGCCGCGAUCCCAUCCCCGCCAAUGCACGCGGCUGGGCUCGCUGCACUCUGCAAGAAGCUUGCGCUGGCCGAGGGCGCUGUCGCCGAGAGCAUCAAGGCGCGCAAGGCUCUCCUCACCGGUCUAGAGCACCUCCUCGAGGCGAACAGGAACAAGCUAGCCGACGAAGAGGCGCAGGAAGCAGACCUCAAGACGCGCAAAGACGCCAUAGAAAGCCGAAAGCGCGCAGUUGAGGAAGCUAUCCUUAAGGGCCUGUCAGCAGCAGAGCAGAACAGAAUCUCCACCGCACCCCUCCCAGUCGCUACAACCUCCCCAGUCGCAGCCACCUUCUCAGGCGCGCAAGAAAGACCUGAGGUCGAGGAACUCACACCCCCGCCCAUGGAAUCUUUCACACCCGUCGGCUCACCACACCUUGCACCCGCCCCCCAGAACGACCCUGUGCCCACUAUCCGCGACGACGAAAUGCCGCAACCCGCUGCCCACCCUGUCGUACCUGAGACCGCCCCUGCCCCCGCGCAGCACACCACCCAACCCGAAUACGCGACCGCCAUCGGCGAGCCGAACCAGCACAUAGCUGCAGACCUACUCAAGAGCCUACAACAUGCGCCAAUGGGUGGUGCUGAAGGUGGUGUGUACGGACAACAUCAUGCGUAUGAGAAUGCGCAUAAGAAGAGGAAGAUGAGCAGAAAUGCCGGCGAGGAUGACUUUGCGGCUUUUGCUGGAGACAGGGAUAUGGCUGGCAUUGACGACAACUUUGCUGAGCUGAUUUGA